AAUGACUUCACGUAAACGCAGUGGUAGUGGUUCCUCAAAAAGACCCAAAGAAAAAGUUGUCUAUAUCUAUGAGCUGUUCUUUCGUGGUGAAGAUCCUAGUCAAGAACGUCGUCCUGAAUAUUCCGAGUUUUGGAAUGAAUUCUUUCUGCUGCAACCAAAUGUUGAAGCAUUGGAGGGUGAAAUUACCAAGCUGACAAGUGAACAAUUCGCUUUGGUUAAGCCCAAUUUAAAUAUGAUUUUCCAGAAAUGUAUAGAAAUGUUGGAUACCGAUCAUCCGAAACGUUUGUGCAAUAGCCUUCAAACACUGUGCUCCAUGUUCUAUGGCAUAUUUAAAAAAUCGACUGCAGAUACCUCAUAUGAUAUACUGAAUGAUAUAUUCGGUUAUGAACAUAUGGACAAAUGGAUGAAACAGUUAAUGGAUCAUUGUAAUCGUAUACUUUUAGGUGAUGUUCCCGAAAAUGCACGCUUUAUGUGCCUCAAAUUAUUAUUGGUUCUAGUAACGGGUACGGAUAAUGUCAGUCAAAAUGUCCUCUUAGAAUAUUUAAUGAUGAACACCCUGUUCGAUGCCUUUGUCAAGUUGCUGAGUGAUCCAACGCUAAGAGCCCAACAUGGUCAUGAUAUUGUUAUACUUCUCACCAUUUUGGUAAAUUAUCGUAAACAUGAAGCUACAAAUCCUUAUAUAGUGCAAUUAUCCAUAUUAGCCGAUGAAUUGGCUCUGAAUGGAUAUGGUCAAAUGAUAUCGCAAUCAUUAAUUGAUUUUUGUCGCCAAUAUAUGCAAAGCCUUAAUAAUGCACAAUCAUCAUCGUGGUUCUCAUCGCUAUCGAAUAUUGUUGGUAAUAUGUUUGUAUCGGAUGAGGGCUGUGAACGUGUACAACAAAUAAAAGCCAAUAAUGGUUUGCUAUUGGCACUCUAUGAGGCAGUGCAUUUAAAUCGAAAUUUUAUCACAACAUUGUCACAUACACAAACCGAAUCCAGUGCACCUCCUUCGCCCAGUAAUACAUUAAGCUUAACCCAGCCGGUGCCGGAUUUGGCAAAUGCACCCAUUAUCGAUAUGACACAAUAUCCAACGAAUUUGCUGGUGGCUGUAUUUCAAUAUUGUUCCAUAGUAAUGCAGGAUAACAAAAACGAAUCCAGUGUGGCCAAUUUGAAAUUAUGUUUCCUCAUAUUAACCUGCAUUUCUGAAGAUCAAUAUGCCAAUUCCAUGAUGCAUGACAGUAAUUUAACAUUUAAAGUUAUGCUGCAUAGAGCCCAAAUGCGUCAUCGUAAAUUAAAUGUUGAUCGUGUGGGUAAAUCCCAACCACUGGCUGCUACAUUAUUAGAUCUUUUGGUUGAGUUUAUUGUAUCACAUUUAAUGAAGAAAUUCCCCAUGGAAUUGUAUUUGCUGUGUGUUGGCGUCAUACAUCGUGUGUUGUGCUAUCAAAAACGUUGUCGUGUACGUUUGAAUUACCCCUGGAAAGAAUUAUGGUCUGCGCUAAUUGGUUUACUAAGGUUUUUGGUGAAUCAAGAACAAACAUUGGUGAAGAAAUGCAAUAUUUUCCAUUUAUCACUGCAGGUGGUAAAUAUUUUCAAUUUGUUUAUAACAUAUGGCGAUACAUUUCUGGCAACCACAAAUAGUUAUGAUGAACUCUAUUAUGAAUUGAAUCGGGAGGAGAAAGUUUUCACCGAAUUGCAUGCAAUGGUUCUCCGCUAUACCACCAUGCCCGACUGUGAAUAUAAAGAUGAUGUCAUUAAACUAUUAAAUGCCUUGGUGAAUAUUUUGGCAAUUGUUAAACAUUUUCAAAAUAAAAUCAAAGAAUGGCUAGCCGAACAGGGCCUAUCGACACCCACCGAAGAACAAAUUCUCGAUGUGGUGAGGAAAAAUUACGAUUUAACGCUAAAACUGCAAGAUUCCCUAGAUCAUUAUGAUCGUUAUGCGGAGGCACCACAUCACACAACAUUUUUCAAAACCAUGGUACGAGACGUUGUGGCCGAUACACGUAAACAAAUCUAUGGCUAUGUUAAGGACGCUGUAUCAACUAUACCUGAACCCGAUGCCAUGUUAACAUCAACAUCCUCCAAUUCGUAAAAGGUGUAUAUUUAUAUAUAUUU